AGGCAGCACGUUGCGUUUACGGCCAUUGUGGGGGGAGUUAGUAGUGAGACAGAAGCCGAGACGCUAAAAGUUGAUUUACACAUCGUCGUCCUCUCUUCCCAUCGCAGGAUCUCAAAGACCUUCUUCACAAAAAAAAAAGGCAACUGAUCCUCACCAGCCAUGGCUGUGGAGGGAGGUAUGAAAUGUGUGAAGUUCCUGAUCUUCUUUUUCAACUUUAUCUUCUGGUUAUGCGGCUUAGCGUUGAUUGUCGUGGGAGUCCUGGUCCAGGUGGGUUUGCACAAGACCUUCACCAUCAAGGACGCGACGGCCUCGGGAAUUCCCAUCCUCAUCAUCAUCGUCGGUGUGGUGAUUUUCUUCAUCUCCUUCUUCGGCUGCUGUGGCGCCUGGAAAGAGAACUACUGCAUGAUCACCACGUUUGCCAUCUUUCUCUCACUGAUCAUCAUUGUUGAGAUUGCAGCAGCAAUCGCUGGAUACGUCUUCAGGAACAAACUCUCAGGUGUCGUCCAGGAUAGUCUCGCUGAAAUGAUUACGCAUUACGAGAACGGCACAGCUGAAUUCAAAGACACUGUGGAUAAACUGCAGGAGGAGUUGAAAUGCUGUGGCGUGAACAGUUCUUCUGACUGGAAAACCUUCAGUUCUGAGGGAAACUCCGUGCCUGACUCAUGCUGUGUGAAUGUCACCAAGCGCUGUGGAGUCGGGACCAUGACGGACGCUACCAAAGUGUACCAGAAGGGUUGCCAUGAUGCUGUGGAGGCUUUACUGAAGAAAAACCUCCUGUGGGUGAUAGUUGCAGCCCUUGUUAUUGCUUUCUUGCAGAUAAUGGGCAUUGUGUUCGCCUGCUGUUUGAUGAGAGGCAUCCGCAGCGGCUACGAAGUCAUGUGAUUCAGCUUCCUGCCCCGAGGCAGGAGCCGGUUGUUCAGAUCACACGUGUUGGGAGCUUCAUUGUUCAUCGUUUUUCGUCCUAUACUCCAGAUAAAAUAUACAGAACAAUAUAUUUUCUCUUUUUGGAUUUUUUUUUCAUAGGUUAUAUCGUCACUUUAAUACUCAUUUUAGCUUAAGAAUUCUAAACGGCGCUUUAUUGUUCUUAUUGGUGGCAAGGAUUUCUAACACACUACUAUGCUUGUUCUGUUUUUAUUAAAGACUGUUUCAAUUACAUCUGCAUUUGCUUUAAGGGUAAACACAAACAGGGGGACAUCAAUGCACCAUAAUUUAUUUCAGACACAGUUCCAUUACAAUGUGUAUAAUAUUGGCACAGCAAUACAAGAUUCAAAACCUGAAGAGCAAAUAACAUCAUGUCUUAAAAUAAACCAUAAACAGAACAGAACUUUUGCAAAUAAUAUUUCAGAUAUAUUGUGCCAGUUCUUGCGAAAAGGCGCAGGAAGCAAAUGACAUUUCCUAUUUACCAAUACAAACAGCAAACAGCAAACAGCAGCACACGGGGGGGGGGGGCGGGGGGGAUGUCGAUGUCCAGUUCCUCUUACUGGUAACCUGAAGUUGGUUAAAAAAAAUAAGCUUGAAUUGAAGCUCGAAGUGUGGUCUGAUCAGGAUGUGUCAAUGUAAUUUUAAGCCUCCAAAGCAAAGAAAACAUCAAGUAAACAAUAAUAGUGCCAUCACAACUUCUUUUUUUCAUGCAGCUGUUAAACCCCAAAAAGGUUUUCGGGCAUCCAUAAAAUAAAGUUUCUCUCACACACACAA